UCUUUUACUCUCCCUCUUUCCUCCGUUGCUCUCUUCUCGUCUGCAUAUCAACCAGCGUCACCUCACCGACGCUCGUCACAUCAGCACAAAAAGUUCCGUUCACUGCAUCUUCUUCUUCUUCGAAUCCUCUCAGCUUCGUUCACUGCAUUUUCUUCUUCUUCGAAUCCUCUCAGCUUCGAGGCCCAUCGUGAUUGAUCACACUCUAAGGUCGCCAUGUCUCCCUCCAUCUCCCUUUCCCUUCUCCACAAUCUUGAAUCUUCUCUUUCAUGGCAAGAUUUCUCGCUCCCGAACUUACUUAUCCUCUCAAGCGUUUUCGCAAUUGGUUGUUGGGCAUGGCGUCGUUUCGCCAAGAAGAAAGACUCGCCGUCGCUGCCGCCGGGACCGGCGGGUCUCCCCCUCGUCGGGAACUUGCCCUUCCUCGAUCCGGAGCUCCACACUUACUUCGCCACCCUCGCGAUGACGUACGGCCCGGUCCUGAAGAUCCAGCUUGGCAAGAAGCUCGGUGUCGUCGUGACGUCCCCGGCCACCGCCCGCGAAGUGCUGAAGGAUAACGACGUCACGUUCGCCAACCGCGACGUGCCCAUCGCCGGGAGGACCGCGUUCUACGGCGGGUCAGACAUCGUGUGGAACCCGUACGGGCCCGAGUGGAGGAUGCUCCGGAAGGUGUGCGGGCUCAAGAUGCUGAGCAACCACACGCUGGACUCCGUCUACGAGCUCCGGCGGAGAGAGGUCCGGAAGACCGUGGCGUACUUACUGCUUCAGGCCGGUUCGCCGGUGAACGUUGGGGAGCAGAUGUUCUUGACGGUGCUCAACGUGAUCACGAGCAUGUUGUGGGGCGGGACGGUGCAGGGCGAGGAGAGAGAGCGCUUGGGUGCUGAUUUCAAGCAGGCGGUGUCAAAUCUGACAAAACUUCUUGGGAGGCCAAACAUUUCGGACUUUUAUCCGAGUCUGGCCCGAUUCGAUUUGCAAGGGAUAGAGAGGCAGAUGAAGGGUUUGGCGAAGCGGUUCGAUGGAAUAUUUGAGAAGAUGAUCCAGCAGAGGUUGAAGAUGCAGACAGAAAGCGGAAGCGAGUCAUUGGACGGCGGCGAGGAGCGCAAAGAUUUCUUGCGGUUUCUAUUGAACUGGAAGGAUGAGGAAGAUGCCAAGAUUCCUCUGACCCUGACUGGCCUGAAAGCUCUGCUCAUGGACAUGUUGGUUGGCGGAACGGACUCAUCCUCCAACACGAUCGAGUUUGCCAUGGCUGAAAUCAUGAAGAAACCUAGCGUUCUGAGAAAAGUCCAGCAGGAAUUGGACACUGUGGUCGGCGAAGACAACAUAGUAGAAGAAUCUCACAUCCCCAAACUGCCUUACUUACAAGCUGUCAUGAAAGAGUCUCUGAGAUUGCACCCGCCAGUUCCACUGUUGAUCCCGCACUGCCCGAGCGCGACUUGCACCGUCGGAGGCUACAUGGUCCCGAAGGGCUCUCGGGUCUUCAUCAACGUGUGGGCGAUACACAGGGACCCUUCGAUAUGGAGGGACCCGCUGGAGUUCGAUCCUGACAGGUUCUUGCACUGCGAGGAUAAUUACAAUGGGCACGACUUCAAUUACUUUCCUUUCGGGUCUGGGAGAAGAAUGUGCGUGGGAAUAUUGAUGGCCGAGAGGAUGGUGCUGUACUCGCUCGCCACGCUCUUGCACUCCUUCGACUGGAAGCUGCCCGAGGGGGAGGAGAUGGAUCUGACAGAGCAGUUUGGGAUCGUCAUGAAGAAGAAAAAGCCUCUAAUGGCUGUUCCUUUGCCGAGGUCCUCUGAUCCUCGGCUUUAUGAAUGAGAUAUUAGUGUAGUGCACCAUAUGCACCGGUGCAUCUUGGUAUGGUUUGUUUAUAUAAGCUUAUUUGUCUAGAAUAAAGGAAAAAAAUGCAUCUACCUACCUUCAUAUGAUUUAUUAAACUUCAGUCGAUGCAGUUUUAUUUGACCAAGUUUAUAUGUCGCAAUGCCAAAUGUUUUUAAAGUUAAUGAUUAGUCACAUUUCGUACUA